AUGGCCAUUUUUCACCGAUCCAUUCUGCAGUGGCUUCAGGCCGCCGUUAUUCUGAUCCCAGCCAUCCUCGUUAUAGGACCGCAUUUCGACGUAAGGCUUCCGCUCGUUGCAGCGCAGCGCGCUGAUUGGUCGAGGGAGUCAGGUGGAGGCGGCGAGAGAGCAGGCGGAGUCAGUUUCGCUGAAACUUCGUCGCUCUCAUACACGUGUCCCCUGGAAAUGGCGUCUCGUCCAUACUCGGAUAGCUUCGAUCCCUCCUCAUUACUAUCCGCCAAGUUCAUAUCAGUGGGUCGUCUCUACGAGCAGCUCAGCAAGGCUCGGCUGCAUCUGGGGGAGGUGUUAUCUGUGGCCCGUCACACAGGCCGCACCCUCAUCCUGCCGUCCGUUGGGAACAGCAGGAUCGGCACUGUAGCAGAUUACGCCUUCCCCUUCUGCACUUAUUUCGACCCGGGCAGGCUCGGGCAGUUUGUGCCGUGGGUCUCGGAGGAGUUUUUUUACGGGCAGGUGGUGCCGGCGUGGCGGGCAGCAGGAAGAGGCAGAGGGAGUGCGGUGGCUCUGGUGCUGGGGGAUGGGAAGAUGAAGGCGUGUGAUGUGCGAAGAGAGAGUGGUGGCGCUGGUGCUGGGGGUGGCAAGCUGAAGGCAUGUGACGUGGUGGGUGUGGAGGGGUUCUGGGGGGUGCAAUCCAGUGAGCUACGAGGGGAGGCGUUAAAAGCAUCUUAUGCCAAGAUUGGCCGCAACACCAACACCCCAGGUCUCCAGCCCAACGCCUCUCUCCGCUCCGACUCCUCUCUCCUGCUCAACCGCGCUCUCCUCUCCCCCGCCCUCUGUACCCGCACCUGCACCACUAAACGCCGUGCCAAGCCGCCCGGCGCCGAGGACCUGCUGGGAAGAGACGGAGGUGCUACAGUACUGCCUGGGGAGGAGCCGAUGGUAGCAUUGGGAAGAACGGGUGGCAAGGUUGGGGGGAUGGAGGAGGAGGGGAAACGAGAGAAGGAAGGGGAAGAUGGGAAGGAAGGGGAGAGGAGGAAGGGAGGAGAGGAGAGAGGAGGGUCUGUUAUUGGUGGGGAGAAAGGCAAGGAAGGGUCUAUUCUUGGGAAAGACGAACCUGAUCAGAAUGCUGACGUGGCAGUGGUGUUCAAAGCGUCGCCGCUGAUGUGUCUUUCCCGGAUAGGCCGGCUGGCGUCCGAGGCCCGGCGGUCCCUGGUGUACCCGCCGCACCUGCACCUUGCAGCGGAUCACCUUAUAACGAAGCACAUCCAACUGCAAGCAGGUGGGGAGAGCGGAGGGGGUGGAGAAGAGGACAGUGCAGAGAAUGGGGAAAGGGGGCAAAUGCAUGGAGGAGGGGGAGGGGGAGGGGGUGGGGGAGGCGGCGGGGAAGGCGGCGGGGGAGGCGGCGGGGGAGGGGGCGAGGGGGUGGUGGUGGUGGCGGCGCACUGGCGGCUGGAGAAGGCUCUUCGGGCGGGAGUGCGGCUGCAGCAGAUGGCUGCGUGCGCUCGAGGGCUCGUGGAGAGUGUGAGGGGGUGGAUGUCCAACUCCUUCACUGUGGAUGUCCAACUCCUUCACUGUUCUCAGCAAGGAGCACAGGGACGUCGCUUUAAGAACAGUGCAGGUGAGCUCAUGAAUGCACCUCGUUACAGGAGCAUGCUUUCCCCUCAUUGUUGUCUGCAUGGCACCUCGCCGUUGCGAUGGCUCUCGCUCUUGCUCCCGUUCCCCCGCCCGCUUGCUUCUUUCCGUCUCCCCAAACCCACUGUCAUUCAUCUGCUGCCACAGGAGCGUUGUCCACUCAGCUUUUAA